GCAUCGUGGCCACAUGUGAAAGUUCAGAGUGGAUAGAAAGAAACAUGGUGGAGAAGAUUGACAUCCGCGUGGUUCGCUGCGGCGGCAGCAAAAUAAACCUGCGAGCUCCGAUCAUCUCCAACGACUCGAGGUUUGUGUUGUGCGGCUCUGGAGAUUCAGUGAAAGUCUAUAGCACACGCACAGAAGAGUGGCUCCACACUCUUCAUGGCCACACCAACCACGUCACAGGCAUUGCCUUGAAUCCAGCCAAUCACCUGCAGGUAUACUCUUGCUCAGCAGAUGGCACUGUUAAACUAUGGGACUUUAUUGACGGCAUCCUUAUCAAGACGUUUAACAUUGGAUAUCCGUUGGUUUCACUAUAUGUGUCCCAGAAACAUGAGGGAGUCAUUUUCCUUCAUCUUCCCAUGACUUCAGAUUCAAAAGCGGAGUGUUUCCAGUUGGUUGCUGUCCAUCUACCCAAAUCAGCAGAACACGAGGUGGAGGCCAAAGAGCUGUCUGCUGUUCUGACCGAUAUCAACCAAAACCCCAGCUGCACAGCUUUUGGGAGAGGGGGUGAAUACAUAGCAUCUGCUAAACACCUCCGACUUGAUGUUUUUUUCUUCAGGAAACAGAAGAAAUACAGUUUUUUUCUUAAAGCUACAGAUAAGAAAGCAGCCAGAAAUGCGUUCACAUGCCUAGCCUGUCACCCAACAGAAGACUGUAUUGCGACCGGUCAUGAAGAUGGCAAGAUCCGCCUCUGGAGAAACUUCAAUCACAAAAAAGAGUACACAUAUUCUACCCAGCACUGGCAUCAUAAUGCUGUAAACACUUUGUGUUUUACUCCAGAAGGAACUAAUCUGUUGAGUGGAGGCAUCGAGUCAGUGCUUGUCCAGUGGCAGUUUGGGGCGGACAACAAAAAAGAGUUCCUACCACGUCUCGGAGGAUCCAUUGUGCACAUAUCUGCGUCAGAUGAUGGACAGUUGUUCUGCACAUCUCAUUCAGACAACAAGAUCACCGUUAUCGAGAGCAGCCUCAAAGUAUCUGGUGUGAUUCAGGGCUUAGUCAAAGGAGAUGCAGUUUUGACUGAUUUAAUGAUUGACCCACGCAGUAAAGCUUUAGUGCUAAAUGGGAAACCGGGUCAUCUACAGUUCUACUCCCUGCUACAUGACAAGCAUCUCUAUAAUCUAGACAUAGUGCAGCAAGAAUAUAUUUACGAAGCCGGUCUGGAUCAGUUUGAAGUGGUAAAGGCGGCCUUUGAUGUAAAAGGUUCCUGGCUUGCUACAGUAGAGGAAAGGGGACAAAAAUCCUCUGAUCCUGAGUUUUUCCUCAAGCUAUGGGCUUUCGAUGACAAAAUGCAAAGUUUUGUACUGAACACUACCAUCGCUGCCGCCCACACGGAUCCGAUUAUGUCCAUGUGCUUCAACUCUUCUGAGGAGACCACCAUGCUGGUGACUACAGCUAGAGACGGCCAGUUCAAAGCGUGGUUACAGAGGGCUGAUGCAGACACACAACAGGACCAGACCUUUUGGUCAUGUGAUUUUGUGGGCAGCUACCAUAACCUAAUGCCUACGAACUGCAGUUUCUCAGCCGAUAGCUCUCUUCUGGCGGUGAGCUUCCAGGAAGUCAUCACCAUAUGGAACCCAGAGACCUGGGAGCUGCUCACCACCUUCUGCCAGCCACCUGGAGAAAUAAGGGACCUUUGUUUUGGCCGAUUAAGCUGUUCCAAAUACCUGCUUGGCACCACCACCAAGAACCUACUCUGCUGUUGGAAUCUCCUCACUUGUUCAUUGGAAUGGAGCACAUCUGUGGAAAUGUGCAUGCUGCAGCCAGACCCUUUGUCAGAAAACGUGGCUGCAUUUUCAUACCAGUCUAAACGUACUGACCUUUUUGUUUUCAAACCCAGCGAGCCACAGCCUCUGUUCAGUCGAAAGGAAGUGUGUUCAGGAAAGGUGCAUUGUGCUGUCUUUGUCCCUCGAGAAGAGCCGUUGGAUUUCUGUGAUGAAAGUUCCCAGUGGCUUAACAGAUCUCAACUGUACUUCCUCACCCUAGACAUGGAUUUAAUGACCUUUAGCACGGCAACAGAGGAUGAUAGAAUGUUGGCCUCAAGUAAACGGCUCAUCAUUGAUGACACCGUUGCUGUAACGCCAUUUUACCUGCUGCUGGGUAAACACAGACAACAGCAGGAGAAAGAGAGUGCAGUGUCCCAUCCAGUGCUUGACAAAUGGCAACAACCACAGAGUUCAGUUACCAUCAAAGAGUUGUUACACACACCAGCUCAUGUUCUACCUGCAGCUUCAGUCUUGUGCUCAAUGUUUGUCAAUUCCCUCUUGAUCUCCAACACUGGAGUCCGAGAGGAAAUGAAAACUUCGGAGCAGGAAAUGAACAGUGAGAAAGAGGAAGAGGGCUCUGAAGGGGAAAUGGAGACAUGUGAUAGUCAGCAGGAGCUCCGAGCUCAAGGUUCCUUAGAUGAGGUGACUCCGAAGCUUUCUAAAGCACAAGAGAGGGAACUGCGGAAAAUCAGAAAAACUGACUUCAGCUGGUUGACUGGCCUUAUUGACUCUAAACCAUGAUGAAGAAAUUUCACAAUGCAGUUAACUUUUUUUUUCUUUAUCAUUCCAACUCCAGCUUCAGAUCCAGAAAGAAGUGUGGUUGGUUAACAAUUGUUUAUUCGGACUGCAGCAGCCCUUUAGUGGUUUAUUUUGAGUAAUGGGACUUGUUGGAACAAUAAGGACAAGAGUGCGAUUUUGUAACUGAAUAUUAGUGUAAUGUUCAUCCUAUUUGCAUCAACAAUAAUUUAUAAAGAACUUUUUGACUAA